GUUUCAUCACAAAACUAUGGCUAGUGUUGAAAAAUAUAGCGAGUACCAAGUAAUAUCGGCCGUAUAUGUCUUAACUGACCGCGCAAGUCAUCACCGGAUUUGAUAAACAUGGGGUCGAGGAUUGUUGUUCUUUCAUCACAAAAAUGUGCGCAUUCCACUUGCUCUCUUGUUCUUGCGUCUCGGCCAACACCAUCUUCUUCGUCUACGGCACGACUAUGGAAACCAACCACGGAAGGUGGAGCGCCAGUCGUCCCUUUGUCACGACAAAGACAAUUCGACUACGAUAAUGAGAGAAGGCAUGGUUCUUCGCGUGCUCAUGGUCAUCGAGCAUAUUCUAGCGCGCCCAGGCCGUUUGUGGAUCCGCGUGAGACAAGGGAAGCGGCCUUGGAAGCGAAGACACAAGCGCUGGCGAAACUGAAAGCCGCAUUACAGAAGAAAGUGGAGAGUCAAAAGGCAUUAAGGUCUCGCGGCGCCAACAAGGCUGGUCGUGGACCUAUUGGGCCCGCGGAUGCUAGUGCUGGUCUUGCUGGGAUACGGACAGGGAUAAAAGAAGAUGGACAAAUUCAAAGUCAAGAACUGCAGCGACCUGCAAGUGCUGAAUUGGAGGAGAUGUCUUCAACGUGUGUCAGAACUUCAGCGAGACCUUGGAAUGGAGAGGAAAACGAGGUGGACAAUGAACACGCUAACGAAAAAAGUGUUUUCAGAAGCGGAAGUGUACCAAGUGAAGAUGGGAACUCCGAGAUUGAUAAAAUAGUCCUUGAAACGGGAACGACAGGUAGUAGCACCACUGACCUCCCUGUUGCGCCAGAAAGUGACGAGAUCCCUCGACCCAGCAGUGACGAGACAAAUCCAUCAGAAUGCAAAACAGAAACUGCAAGACAGAUAGACACCAUGGACCGCGUCCUAGACGAGAUGGAGGCGCAGGACCGCGUGUCAGAAUGGAAUAGCAAUCUUGGGGUCAGAAUACGUUGGAAUCCUGAUGCCCCUGACUCGUCGGCCUCAUCUACUCCCUCGACGACUAUGAUUGGUUCCACGAUGAAUGCCUCAUCUACUACGGCCAUGCUUGAGUCAUCUAGUUCUUCGACGAGCGUUUCUGGUAGUUGUAUCUCCGAAGUAGAAGUAGAAAACGGAAUGCGUGCAACGGUGGCGGAAGACGAUAGAAUGGUCGUAGAGCACACGACACAAGAAAAGGAACUCGAAGGUUCUGAAGUAGAGGUAGUUGUAGCUGAAUCCGAGAAUCAGGUCACCGACGAAGAAAAGACUAUAAGAAGCGACCAGGUGGAAGUGGAUCCAGUAAACGGCAAGAUGAAAAGCGAGCCAGCAACAUCGACGUGCAUUACAGCGGAAGCAAUAGAUGUUGAAGUUGAUGAAAGCACUUGCACUAUUAGCACAAUAGACACUUCUGCGACCACUUCAUCUGCGCCUCAGGAUCUCGGUAUAAAGGACGCAGAGAGCUUCAAAAUAGCCCUCAUUGAAAAGGUCUCGACGCCUAAAGAGUUUGAAGCCUUGCUGGACCAAUCCCUAGCUCAGCUUUGGACCCCACCGCUGCGAGCUGGUUCACAGAUCCUUGCGGCCAUAUUGGAGAAGUUACCACUGCUUCUAAAAAAAAGAGUAUCUUCCGUCUCCUCACUUUCGCCGACUGAAGGAGAUGCGUCGGAGGACCAGGCGCAACUGCAAGCAACAAAUGAGAAUGAGACGAGCGCUCCUCCUGUCGAAACAGCAAUGCACGGCGAUCGAGAUGUUGUAGAACGUCAGGACAAGAAGGACAACGAAUUCAACGGCUACGUGUUCUUGCAAAGUUUUCUGUCGCGAUUUGUCACCAAGAUCAAUCCUCAUUUUGUCCGUGACUCAGACCUAAAUCUAAAGAUUCGAAUACUCAAGCAGCUAGUAGCAGUCUGCGACUCAGUCGGAGAUCAGAGUAUCGUACCACGAUCGAUCUUCGCCGCUUUCAUGGAAAUAUACGCAGAUUACCUAGCAACCGACGCGCUUCAAAAGUUAUGGUUUCGUAUCUACCAAGCCCGAGCACGAAACUGACCGAUGACUAAAACGAGAAGUUGGUCUUGUUGAAUUAGAAUUUCCUACUUUUUCACUUCCUCCACCUUCGUUCCACAUUUUCAUUCUCUCCACCACAACAAGUGAUGCGGCAAGCUCGUGGACUGAUCGAGACGUUCCGGAGAUUUAAUUGGAGCAUUCCAGAAAAGAUGUCGCUUUAUCGCUAUGCCAAUUCUGUCGCGACUGCUCAGUUGGAUGUCAAAACCGCUAUCUGGCUCUUGCAUCACCUCCUUGAAUCCCGGAGCUACAACGAGAGCAGUGUGCAGCAGUUGCUUAGGGUACAGUUUCAAUUUAGUUAUCCUAUUGAUGAUUGUCAGAUAAUCACACUCGUCUGCACUAGCACGUCCUAGAGAUUAUAUCUUUGCGUGCUCACGAUGUACGAACAAGCUGCCGGCACUGCCAGACAACAGCCCCCCGCUUUAGAUGAAGGCGAUCGCCUUAAAAAUAGCCCGCCUCUGCAAGCCGAGUCCUACGCUGACUGGGUUGGGUGCAAGUUGCAUCUUCUCCAACUGCAGCUGUAUGCUUAUCAGUAUCACCUCCGAUAGUUCCCCUUCCCGAUUCUCAUCUUCCCACUACCGACGAUUCCUCCACUCAAAACUUUUUAGGAUGGAUGCGAUCGAGAGUGAGUGGAUAAUUCUAGCUAAGUAGGUUGAGAUGAAAGCUUAGAAGAUUAUUAUAUCCGCUGUCGUCUAACAAGAAACACAACAACAAUAUCUUGGUUCCCCGCAACAGAGUUUGGAGUCAAUUUAUUGUUGCCAAAAAUAUAUAAAGUGUCAAGCGACAACUUCUCCGCAUAAAAAAUUUAUGACAGAUAGUGAUGCAUUCGUCCUCUGCGGUGUGCGACAUUCGAGCGCUGAAAUACAUCGAGAUGAUGCUGCGCUUGGACGCGACUGACAUCGGGUUUGAUCACAAUACGGAGAUGUUUCUGACAGCGGUGCGGGACUGGGAUUUUAUGGAGGAUGUUCUUGCAGAGGCUAGAUCUGGAUGCUUAGAGUUAGAAUCAUGAAGUACUAAGUAAUGUCAAAUAAUGAUAGAAUAUAGGUUCUCGCUCCGUGAACCCGUUGAGUUGCGCCGCAUCAGAAUUCCUCGAUGCUUUUGGCUACUGGAACUAACAGAUCCAUGCAUCUACUAAGUAAUUCGACCCCACUAUCCCAAAUUUGAAUUUCAUACUGCACACUGCGCCAAUAGCGGAACUAGAAACGAAUGACUGUCGCACGCUGCAUCAGCUGGCUCAUUUUUUGGGAAAGCAUGGCUUCCCCGGCGACCAUACAAUGGUUGGGCCCUAUGCAUUGCCGCUGUGUCAUGUACAAUGGAAAACGGCUGUUUUCACGAAGCUGUCUGAAGCAAGGAAUGGGAAAGCGAGUGGUCCGAGUGAAAUCGAGCAUCAAGAUCAGAAUACGGAUGACGAUAGUACCCGUGAUAAUCUUACAUCAAGAUCAACAUCCACUACAUCCUACGGAGACUGUGAUGAACAUGUCGAUGGGCGUGGGAUAGCAGAGGAGGAGGAACACGACGCUGAACAUAUCAGCACUCUUGACGUCGAGAGAACGAGCAACUUCGCAGCUGCCGGACCGUUUCAAAGUAACAUGCGGAAGCACCUCAGGAGUCUCGGGUGGAGAGUACUGGAGGUGUGUCCCGAAUACUGGGCACAGCUGGGGACGUAUUCACAACGCGCUGCCUUCGUACGCGCUUUGCUGAAAACGGAGAAGUUGCUCAGCUAGGUCGUGGUUGAAUAUCCAAAGAACUACUUUUUACACUGAAAUACUAGAGAGGACAAGAUAGACAGCAUCAGCAUCAAAAAACAAAAUCAAAUAGAAUGCCCGGAAGUCAUCACAAUCCUAAAGCCACGGGAACCCCAGGAAGGUCAGCACGUUUAGCCUUAGCGAGACUGUCUGGCGAACCCCUUCCAUAAUAAUAAUUUUUCCCCACCGUCAGAAAAAGUGAAGUCGUCUCCGCUAAGAAAAUCCGUGAAAGUGAUUGUUCGCGUUGCUUGUUAGAAGUAAGUCAUGAGACGUGAUCUUCGCGAGAAAAAUGUCAAACUACAAGGGAUUUUUGCGAAAAUGAAAUGCACACGUCGUGUGCACCUAGUUAUUAUGACAGAGGGUCAGGAAAAGAUAGCGAACAUUCAUACUAAGUACUUCGGAUGCAGCAGG